AAGACAGGCAGUUGAGCCCAGAGCAAUGUUAUGGUGACGGUCUGGACACGGUCUAACCUGAGCUGAGCGUCACUGACCAACAACCACAACCCGAACCAGUGAACCUGAGCCCGGACACAGCGAAGCACGGCUGCCCGCUCACAUGCGGUAGUGUUUGUGCUCUGUGGGAGGUUCGGUGGCUCUUCUCUCUGCUGCUGAUGGAGCACAUCCGUCUACCAAAGGUGGAGAAUGUCAAGCUUCUGGACAGAGUCUCAUCCAGGAGGAGGAGGGUGGGCACCCUCUACCUGACAGCCACACACUCCAUCUUUGUGGAGAGUGAGGCUGGAGUGCGCAAUGAAACAUGGGUGCUUCACAGUUUGGUGUGCAGUGUGGAGAAACAAGCUGCCACAGCCUCAGGGUGUUCUCUGCUCAUUCGCUGUAAGAACUUCCAGGUUCUUCAUCUUGUCAUUCCUCGAGAGCAGGAGUGCCAGGAUGUCCUUCUGUCCCUGCAGCGUCUCUCUCAGCCAGAGAGUUAUGCUGAGCUGUAUUGCUUCUCCUACAAGCCAAACAUUGAUGAAGAGGAGCGGCGCCAGGAAUGGGACUUUUUGGACCUCAAGGCUGAUUACAGCAGAAUGGGACUCCCAAACUCCCUGUGGAAGCUCUCCCCCAUCAAUCGACACUACAAGGUGAGCGACACAUAUCCUGCUGACCUCUUUGUCCCCGAGUCUGCCACACCUCCAGUCAUUGUGGGGAGCUCCAAGUUCAGAAGUAGAGGCAGAUUCCCCACUCUCUCCUACUACUCCAAAGAAAAUCAGGCUGCCAUCUGCCGCAGCAGCCAGCCGCUGUCAGGUUUCAGCGCUCGCUGCCUAGAGGACGAACAGAUGCUGGAGGCCAUAUUGAGGUCCAAUCCCCGCAGUGACUUCAUGUAUGUGGUGGACACCAGGCCUAAGCUGAAUGCGAUUGCAAACCGAGCUGCAGGAAAAGGAUAUGAAAAUGAAGACAACUAUAACAACAUCAAAUUUCAGUUUAUGGGCAUCGAGAACAUCCAUGUCAUGAGAAACAGCCAACAAAAAAUGCUGGAAGUGUGUGAGCUGCGUUCUCCCUCCAUGUCGGACUUCCUGGAGGGUCUGGAGAGCUCAGGCUGGCUGAAACACAUCAAAGCUGUUUUGGAUGCAGGUAUCUUCAUCGCCAAGGCUGUUGCAGAGGAGGGUGUCAGUGUCCUUGUUCACUGUUCAGACGGUUGGGAUCGCACGGCUCAGGUGUGUUCAGUGGCCUGUGUGCUGCUGGAUCCCUACUACAGGACGCUCCGAGGACUCAUGUAUCUCAUCGAAAGAGAGUGGAUCUCAUUUGGACACAAGUUCUCUCAUAGGUGCAACCACCGGGUUGGAGACCCUAAGGAGGUGUCUCCCAUCCUCGACCAGUUCCUGGAGUGUGUGUGGCAGCUGAUGGAGCAGUUCCCAUGUGCCUUUGAGUUCAGUGAGAGGUUCCUCUGCACCAUUCACAGCCACAUCUACUCCUGCCAGUAUGGCAACUUCAUUGGCAACAACCAGCGGGAGAGGAUCGAGCUGGGACUGCGUGAGAGAACUCACUCUUUGUGGAAUUAUCUAUGGACGAAUCGUUCAGACUUCAUCAACCCUCUGUACAGACCAGACCACAGCCAGACUCAGGGGCUCCUCCGGCCGUCUACUGCCCCCUAUUGCUUUAAAUUUUGGAGUGGCCUGUACAACCAUUUUGACCGAGGAAUUCAUCCGCGACAGUCUGUAGAGGAUUACCUGCGCGUCAUCCAAGAUGAGACACAACAGCUGGAGGAGCAGCUGGCAUCACACAAGCAGAAAAUUGAGCAUCUAGUGCAGCAGCAGGAGUGGAGAGACACCCAGAAGGCAACCAACUUUGAUAAAAGCCCCACAGCAUGGGUACUCAGCCAUGACCUCACUGUGGCCAACACUCCUCAGGACUACACUGGGGAUUUCCUCACCAGCAGCCCCUGUCAGCCCAAAGCAGCGGACGACAGCCUGAUCCUUCCGCAGCAAGACUUGAACAAAACAUCUGAAGCCAACCUCUCCAACGGCAGCGACCAGGAGUCAGGGAUCGCAGACCUGAGCUGUCGCUCACCUCUCAGUGAGGACAGCAUCAGGGAUCCAGACUCGGAUGAAGCUGCCUACUCUGCCGCCUGAGCAAAUGUAAUGGGGGACACCACAGCAUGGCCACAGAACAAACUCCACCUGUACACUAUAGUCACCUGUCUGCUGACUAACUUUGUUGAAAAGGUUCAUAUUGUGCUGUGGUCCCUCCUUCUUGCUACAUACAUAUUUACUUGUCUGUUGUAGCUAAGGGAUUUUUAUUUUUACCCCAGUGAAAAAAGGUCUGAAAGGCUUAGUGAUGUUGAACACACAAUCAUUUACUUGUUAACUGUAACACUUCCAUCUUCCGUACAUUUCAUUUAGCCAUUAAGCUUUUAGCUUUGCAAUAUGAACAAUUUAAAAAAAGGAAAACGCUGCUAUAAGAUUAGAUCACAACAGCUUUAUUCCCAAAACGAAAAGCAUCGUCAGGUAUAAAACAAAUAUGUGACAGGACAUUUAAUCUAACAACAAACACAUCACCAGUUCUACUUGUAGGCUACUUUUCCAUAAAUAAUAAUAAUCUGAAUAUGAAAAACUGUUUUUGCUGAUGACCAAUGCUACUCGCAGACAGUCAGGGUUCAGGAUUUCAGUCUGGCCUGCAGAAGCAAUAAUCCAAUUCUUUAUAUCAUGAACUAGGCCACAGUGACCUCAGCUGGGUUUUGGAGUCAUUACACUGUUAGUUGUGCUUGAUUGACACUGUGUGAUCUACACCUGUGUAUUCUAACUCGGUACAUGAUACCAAAUGAUAUUAACUCUAAAUAAGCUUUUAGAUUUUAUUGUAGACAAAACAACUUUAUACAUUCCUGCACACAAUAUCUCAGUGCUGAUUUAUUGGGAUUUACCAAAGGGAAUCAUGAACCAGCAGACGAGCAUGAGAACACACAUAUUUAAGAAAGCAAUUUACUGACUGACCUUUUUAUUAUUUUGUGCCAUCUUAAGUGUGAAAUUAGGAUUUGAACUGAAUUAGUGUAGUAGGCAUUACUGUAUAGAUGCACUCUAGUACUGCAAAGGAACAAUGUACAGAUUAUUCAGGAAAGCAUGUUAACAUAUUUUUGUAAUUUUUUCUUUUGAUGCAUGUUUUUAUUUGUAUCACAGGGCUUAAAAUGUCUGGUCAUACGGACGUUUGAAAAUGUGUAAAAGAGAGCUUUAUUUUGCCGAGUUUGUUUUUUCUGUCCGAAAGAUUUCUCCAAAACUGUGUCAACAUUCUUGUGAAAUAAAUAAAUAGACGAAUAAAUAAUGAAAUACA